AUGUUAAAUAAAGGAGUGGGCAAGACAUUAAGAAUGAAAGAUAUCGGUGCGUUUCAAGCUCGUGGGAUUUCAUCCUCUGAUACAAUCCCAGCUCGUAACUCGCCUCCAGCAGCUGGAAGUGUAAACCUUGGAUGUUCUCGAGUUUCCGAUGAAAUCGUACACGAACUAUCUAAAAAAACAAAUGAUAUCAAUACAGACAGUGGAAAAAGAAUACUGGUCAAGACUCACUGUCAGUGUCGGAGUGAAAAGUUUGCUUCUACUAAUACAAAAGUCCAUCAAUCAGAAGUUGGCUCCUCUUUCAAAGGAGGCUUAGAAAGUAAAAGACUACAAUUACUUGAAGUUGAGGGAGAUGGAGUGACUUGA